GCGCGUCGAGUCCGCGAUGCGGCGGCUGAGUCGGCGCGUUGGUGAAAUUUCUGGAAGCGGCGGGGCGCUGUUGUUCGGGAGCGUGCCGACUCGGAAUCCGUAGCCGGAAGAGUCGGGCGGGGAAGGCAGAGCAGCGUGGGGAGCAUGAACCACAAAAGCAAGAAGCGCAUCCGUGAGGCGAAGCGGAGCGCGCGCCCCGAGCUCAAGGACUCCCUCGACUGGACUCGCCACAACUAUUGCGAGAGCUUCCCGCUGAACCCGGCGGGCUGCAAGGAUAAUGUGGAAAGAGCAGAUGCCCUCCAUUUGUCAGUGGAAGAAUUCAUUGAAAGAUACGAGAAACCUUAUAAGCCUGUUGUCCUGUUAAAUGCUGAGGCAGAGUGGUCAGCCCAAGAGAAGUGGACUCUGGAACGUCUGAAGCGCAAAUACAGGAACCAGAAAUUCAAAUGUGGGGAGGACAACGACGGUUAUUCUGUGAAAAUGAAGAUGAAAUAUUACAUUGAAUACAUGGAGACUACACGAGAUGAUAGUCCUCUCUAUAUAUUUGACAGCAGUUAUGGGGAACAUCCAAAGCGCAAAAAACUUUUGGAGGACUAUAGGGUACCCAAAUUCUUCACUGACGAUUUGUUCAAAUAUGCAGGAGAGAAGAGAAGGCCACCUUACAGGUGGUUUGUGAUGGGCCCACCUCGUUCAGGAACAGGCAUUCACAUUGACCCUCUGGGAACCAGUGCAUGGAAUGCUUUAGUCCAUGGACAUAAGCGCUGGUGUCUCUUCCCUACCAGCACUCCCAGAGAACUGAUCAAAGUGACCCGUGAAGAAGGAGGCAAUCAGCAAGAUGAAGCCAUUACUUGGUUCAGAGUAAUAUAUCCCCGAACGCAACUUGCCACUUGGCCUUCCGAGUUCAAACCUUUGGAAAUAGUACAAAAACCUGGAGAGACUGUGUUUGUGCCAGGUGGCUGGUGGCAUGUUGUUCUCAAUCUUGACACGACUAUUGCUGUCACUCAGAAUUUUGCCAGCUGUACAAACUUCCCUGUGGUGUGGCACAAGACAGUAAGGGGAAGACCGAAGUUAUCUAGAAAAUGGUACAGGGUCCUCAAGCAGGAACACCCUGAACUAGCUGUACUAGCAGAUUCUGUUGACUUGCAAGAAUCAACGGGCAUUGCUUCAGACAGUUCUAGUGAUUCAUCUAGUUCUUCCAGCUCCAGUUCUUCAGAUUCUGAUUCAGAGUGCGAUUCUAGCUCUGAAACCGAAGGAAUGGUGCAUCGAAGAAAAAAGCGGAGAACAUGCAGCAUGAUGGGAAAUGGUGAUACUACCUCUCACGAUGACUGUGUGAGCAAAGAGCGUAGCUCCUCCAGAAUUAGGGAAUCUUGUGGAAGUCGUGCUCAUCCAUGAAAGAUAACAAGACCUUCUGCAAAUAGUUGCAACCUGCCAGAUGUCUUCUAUUCUUCCCACCAGCUAUACUCUUGAAGUUUUUUGAAGACUUCCCCACUCCAUUUUUAUUUUAAAAUCUAAACUUUUAACUUCUAUUCCGUUAUCAAAGUCUGACAUCUUGCUAACUAAAGGAGAACACUCAAGAUUUCUAUGUGUUCAAACUUUUUUUCCUUCUCAUAUUCUACAAGACAACGGUAAUAAACAGAAGGCAGUGUUGAUGUCUAUAAAGUCAUACUAUACUUUCCAACACUAUACAGUCAACAAUGGAAAUGGCAAAUUUCUACUAACAAAACUGUCUUUUAAAACAAACCCUGCUCCAAUAUUGUCAUAUGUUUACAAGACGAAUUCUAGUGCAUUAACAACUGGGGGUCAGACAUACAACCGUUAGUCUGCAAUUGGCCAGCAGAUCUUUCAUUGUAGCACAAGCAAACCAAGAUGAUUCUCCUAUUGUGUAAAUUAUUACAUGUAAAAGCACCUUUUAUAAUUCUGAAUAUAUUGAUAACAUCAAUCCAACCAUGGACUAAUGAGACUCUUAUGAAAAUAUUGUUUGAACCAGCAGUUCAUCAUCGCUUUGCUUUUUUUUUCUAUUUUAAUAUUUUUUUAAAAACUGCAGAUACUUGCAGUCACUUUGGAAGUAUAACCCAGAAACAAAUGGAGAUGGGAGAAACUAGCUGCCUCAUUUAUCUCCCUGUGGGAAUUUCUGGAAACAUGAAGGUAGAAGGAUUUGUUCCUAAAAGGAGUGGGUAGAGUCUGAAUAAAUAUAAAUAAAAUAUCUAUUUAAUGAGGAACUGCUUUUUGGGAGCCUACAAACUUUCUACUGUUAUCUACUGUUCUAGUGUUGUAGAUAUUUGAGGUGUGUUUAUUCUGUCCUGAAUAAUGUGGUUGUAUAUCUGUCAUGACAGCUGGAUUAUUUCAGGAUGUGCUGCUGUUUCAAUGGCACUUUUGUUGGUAACAGAGACUGGUAUUCUGUUCUGAGGUGCGCUUAUAACUCCAUUUAUGAAGGUAAUUCCAUUCCAAGUUGAAAAGAUUAGAUAAGCAAAAUGAAAAUAUUCUGUACACUGAUCACCCUUGAAAAUGCAAUAAGUGAUUAUUGAGAUUUUCUUACAAGGUAUGGAGUGCAGGUUAUUUAAUUCUAUUCUAUAUAACUGAAGAUGCCUAAGAAAAUCCAUAUUUAAUGGACGGUGGAAUGUGAAAUCAGCUUGUGCAUGGCCAUUUACUAACUGACUCCUGGCCAGAGUUAGGGUGUCGAAGGAGUGGCAAUUUUAGUUGACUGUUCCUUAUGAAGAGAUGUUAAAGUAAGGAGUACAAAAUUUUCAAAAAUUGCUCCAUUCUCUAUGUAUCUUUCCCCUAGUAGGAACCUCAUUUCAAAAUCUCAUUUCUCUCUGCAAAUGGAAUUUACUUUUUAGGUAGGAUGUUCUGGAACAGCCCAUUAUGUUUCUGAAUACACUUAAAUCUUGUUUGACUAGACCUUGAUACCAUGAACUAUGGCUUGGGUUUUAAGAUUCAUUAAGUGUUCAAGUUGCAGGUUCUGUGCACCCAAACAGGCAGAAACGCUUCCUUUAAAACUAGAAAUAUGUUAUAUUUGUGACACAAGGAAUCAGAUAAAUCUAUUCACUUAUAUGUUCUUAUUUUGGAUUUUAAUCAGGAAGUUAGUAUGACAAAAAAUGAGCAUUGUUUUGACUAAUAAAAAAGAACCCUA